GGUUUUUUAUUUGCGCCGGCCAGAACAGGCCAAAACAUAACUAAGAAGGGGUGAAAAAAAGAAAGACAAAAAACACAAAAAAGUCCCAAUAAAUAAUAAUAAUAUAACAUCGCAAAAGCGUCAACACUGAUCAACACAAGUACACAACACAUUUGUCGGCCUUGAGGAACUACAUAAUUCACCCGUUAAUAAAAAGACAAACAAAAAAAAAAAAGAAUUUGGAAAAAUUUAACGACUAAUGAGAUAUGACUGAAGUUAUUCCAAAAAAAAUGGCAAGAUUAAAUUCAUCAGUUGAUGUUAUACCAAUUCAAGGUUCAAGUAAUGAGGAUUCCCCAAAAUUUCUUAUGAGCAGAAGAAAUAACAACAUGAACAGAAGAAAUCAUAGCAGGAUUCGUGAUCCUUCAAUAAUAGAGCGUGUUAAAGAAUAUCUUGUUCAAAAUGAAGACAAAGUUUACAUUGACGUGGCAGAAAUGGCUGUCAGCUUGAAAAAACAAUAUAGUCGUGACUAUAAGAACAGAAAAGAUGAUGUCUUCAAGGAAUUGGUACGUCGUGCUUACGAUGCAAUAACAGAAUCAUUUUCCAGAAAUAGUGACGUUGAUGACAUUGAUGAUAUUGAUGACAUUGAUGACGAGGAAAACGAUGAAGAAGAAGACGUCGAGGUUGAGAUCCAGUCUGACAGCGAAAUGCCGAGCAAUGAUCUAAGUGACCGCUUAAUGAGAGAGUACAAGAAAACAUUAAAUGAUCUUACUGCUAAAAAUGGUAGUGACAAAGAAUUAAUUGACAUUAGUAGUGAUGAUGAUAAUGACAAUGAUAAUAAUAGUACUACUGUCAUUGAAAGUACACCUAAUAAUAAAAUAAAACAAAUGAAAAAUCAUGAAAUUUCAUUAUCAGCUAAGUCACCAUUGACAAGGAUAAAUCAUAAUUGUCUUAAUCCUAAAAUAAAAGCAUCAUCAACAAAAACAUUUACACCUGAUGUUAAAGCACGUGAGGCUACAGUUUUUAGCAGCAAUAAUGCUAAAGUUAAUGAUAAAGUUAUUAAUGACAAUACUGACAAAUGUAAAAAAAGAUCAAGAGAUAAAUCAGCUGAUUCAACAGGUGGAGGUCCAAUAUUAAAAAAGAAAAAAGAAAUUGGUACACCAUCAUUAUCAUCUUCAUCAUCAUUUGCCAUAACACCACAAGAAAAAAAAUAUAAAUUUUGUGAUAUUGGUAUAAAUGAUAAUGUAUUGGAUAGUCUUUGUCGUUUAUUAUUACAUAUUAAACAUCCAGAAUUAUUUAAACAAAUUGGUUCAACACCACCACGUGGUAUAUUACUUCAUGGACCACCUGGUUGUGGUAAAUCAUUACUUGCACAUACAAUUGCUGGUGAAUUAGAUAUACCAUAUUUAAAAAUAGCAGCACCACAAUUAAUUGCUGGUGUAUCAGGUGAAAGUGAAUCAAGAGUACGUGAUAUAUUUGAUCAAGCAGUAUCACUUGCACCAUGUGUAUUAUUUUUAGAUGAAAUUGAUGCAAUUGCACCAAAUCGUGCAAAUGUACAAAGAGAAAUGGAACGUAGAAUUGUUGCACAAUUAUUAUCAUGUCUUGAUGAAUUAAAUUUUAAAGAAAAUGGUAAUAAAGUAUUAAUACUUGGUGCAACAAAUCGUCCAGAAGCUAUUGAUCCAGCUUUACGUCGUGCUGGUAGAUUUGAUCGUGAAGUAUCAAUUGGUAUACCAGAUAAAGAAUGUCGUGCUAAAAUACUUGAAGUUCAUUUAAAAAAUGUUACACUAUCUGAUGAUGUUGAUAUACUUAAAAUUGCAGCACAAUCACCAGGUUAUGUUGGUGCUGAUUUAGUAUCAUUAAUAAGUGAAGCAGGAAUUGCUGCUGUUGAACGUGCCUUCAAGAGUUUAGUUAAUGAAAAAAAACAAUUGAAUAAUACAAAUGAUAUAAGUAUUAUUGAUAAUACAAAUACCACAAGUACAAUAAUUGAAAAUGUUAAUAAUAAAGAAACAAAAAGUACAAGUAAAAAUAAUAAUACAAAUGAUUUAAUAUCAACAAUAAAAUUACAAAAAAAUACAAAAAAAUUAUCUGAAUUAUUGGAAAUUUUACACAAUGAAAUACCAAUAUCAGAUGAUAAUUUAAAAAAAUGGAAAAUUGAAUAUAUUGAUUUUGAAAUAGCAUUUAAAGUUGUACAACCAUCAUCUAAAAGAGAAGGUUUUGCAACAGUACCAGAUGUAACAUGGAAUGAUAUUGGUUCAUUAAAAGAAAUACGUGAAGAAUUACAAAUGGCAAUACUUGCACCAGUUAAAUAUUCUGAUGACUUUAAAAAAUUUGGAUUAACAACACCAACUGGUGUAUUAUUAUGUGGACCACCUGGUUGUGGUAAAACAUUAUUAGCUAAAGCAAUUGCAAAUGAAGCUGAAAUUAAUUUUAUAUCAGUUAAAGGACCAGAAUUAUUAAAUAUGUAUGUUGGUGAAAGUGAAAAAGCAGUUAGACAAUGUUUUAUACGUGCUAGAGAUUCAGCACCAUGUGUUAUAUUUUUUGAUGAAAUUGAUGCAUUAUGUCCAAAACGUAGUGAUGGUGAUAAUUCAUCAACAUCAAGAAUUGUUAAUCAAUUAUUAACUGAAAUGGAUGGUGUUGAAGGAAGAAAAGGUGUUUAUCUUAUGGCUGCAACAAAUCGUCCAGAUAUUAUUGAUCCAGCUGUUAUGAGACCAGGAAGAUUUGAUAAAAUAUUAUAUGUUGGAUUACCAACACCUGAUGAUAGAGUUGAUAUAUUACGUGCAUUAACUAAAAAUGGUACUGUUCCUAAAUUUUCUGAUGAUAUUAGUAUUGAAGAUGUUGGAAAAAGUGAAAGAUGCAAUGGUUAUACUGGUGCUGAUUUAGCUGGUCUUGUUAGGGAAUCAUCAACUGCUGCACUCAAAGAAUCAAUGGCUAAUUCAACAAAGCUCAAUCAAAUUUACAUGAGACAUAUUGACAUUGCAUUUACUAAAAUACGACCAUCUGUUCAUGAAAAGGAGGCUAAAAAUUAUGAAAAAUUGCGAAAACAAUAUACUGUUAUGAAACCAAAGGUUGUUGAAAAUUCAGUUAAGAGUACACCAGAAAUUUCAAAAGCUGAUCAAUUGGAAUCAUCAAUAAAUGAACAGUCUGAUAAUUUAAAAGACCAACAACUAGAAUCAGUAAAGAAUGAUGAGCCUGAACUUUCAAAAGAUAAUCAACCAGAACCAUCAAAAAGUGAUGAUCUAGUUGAAACCUCAAAAAAUGAUGAGUCUGAACUCUCAAAAAAUGAUCAAUCAAACACAUCAACAAAUGAUGAACCAGAAACAUCAAAAAAUAAUCAACAAGAAACUUUGAAAGAUGAUCAAUCCAAAAUUUCAACUAAAGAGAAAUUAGAUAUUUCUAAUAAUGAAAAAUUCGAAACAAGUGUUGCUGAUACAGAAGUUGAAGCCAUGGAAACGUAAAAUAUUAAUUUCAAAACGAUUCAGCAAAUAACUAUACUUUUGCUACAAUUAUUAUUUCUUUUUCUCUUUAAUAUUCAACUGUAUUUUUUUUUUUUUUUUUUCUUUGUUUUUGUCAUUUUUUUAUUCCAUUUAUUUUAAACAUUUUUCAUUCAAAUUUCAUACAUGAUAUUGUAAAGUAAAAAUAUUUAAAAUAAAAAAAAAAAAACACUUUAUCAUAAUCAAUAAAUAAAAAAUAAAAAUACUAUAAUAA